GUCGCAUGCGUUCUCUCCUCUUUUGCCGACGGAUAGUUCAAGUUCAAAAACGGAAUUCUUCGGACGUGCUCUGCGUUUUUGGCACCGUUGACGCCAAUAUCCGGCUAUAUAGCGUUUCAAGUGCUUUUUUCGCUAAAGAGAAUCCAAUAAAUUUAAAUUUAAAUUCUUCCCGUGAGUGUUGUUGUUGUUAUUGUUGUGCGGGUGUGUAAACAAAAUUUGGCCCAAGUGGCAUGUGCUCCUCUGCUUAUCCACAUCCACAUCCACAUCCUGUUUAAUGGACUUCCUAAAUGCGAUGACUGGAAUCGCUUAAAAACACGGAAAACACUUUAACGCAAAUUUGGCUAAAAUUGAAUGCAAAAAUGCAGAAGGCAACGAGCCAUGAAGGAAUCAAAUUAAUCAUGUUGGCUUAAACAAUUUCCCCGUUUGGUGGGCAAGAAAUACGUUUGGCAUUGAGUGAAGGAAAAUCGAGCGAAGUCAGUUGAUUUUUCCCCCGAUGAUAGGCAACUUGGUGAGCAUGGAAAUGGACUUGGAUGUGGAAUUUUCCGGGGAUUCCCCGCCACUGCCCACGCCGCUGAACGUAACGCAGGCCCUGUGGGAUCUGGCCAUGCUGGCCACGUCCACCACCCAGUGGCCCCUCCUCCUGGACACCGGAUCCGGAACGCCCUACUCCCCGGAGAACUUCAGCGAACUGGCCGUCACCGAGACACCCUACGUGCCCUACGGCCGGCGACCGGAAACCUACAUCGUGCCCAUCCUGUUCGCCCUGAUCUUCGUGGUCGGCGUCCUGGGCAAUGGCACCCUGAUUGUCGUCUUCCUCAGCGUGCGCCAGAUGCGGAAUGUUCCCAACACGUAUAUUUUAUCACUGGCCCUGGCAGAUCUUCUGGUAAUUGUGACCACAGUGCCAUUGGCAUCCACGGUUUACACCGUGGAGUAUUGGCCAUAUGGCAGCUUCCUCUGCAGCCUCUCGGAGUUCAUGAAGGAUGUGUCCAUUGGGGUUUCGGUCUUCACGCUGACUGCCCUGUCAGGCGAUCGGUACUUUGCCAUCGUGGAUCCCUUGAGGAAGUUUCACGCUCAUGGAGGCGGUCGUCGGGCCACCAGAAUGACCCUGGCCACAGCGGUUUCCAUUUGGCUGCUGGCCAUCCUGUGCGGAUUACCAGCCCUCCUGGGCAGCAAUCUAAAGCACCUCGGGAUCAACGAGAAGUCGAUUGUCAUCUGCUAUCCGUAUCCGGAGGAGUGGGGCAUCAGCUACGCCAAGUCCAUGGUCCUGCUGCACUUCCUGGUCUACUACGCCCUGCCCCUGGUGAUCAUCGCCGUGUUCUACGUGCUCAUCGCCCUCCAUUUGAUGUAUUCGGCCAGUGUCCCUGGCGAAAUUCAGGGAGCCGUCCGCCAGGUUCGGGCUCGUCGCAAGGUGGCUGUCACUGUGUUGGCCUUCGUUGUCAUCUUUGGCAUUUGCUUUCUACCCUAUCACGUCUUCUUCCUGUGGUUCUACUUCUGGCCCACCGCCCAGGAGGAUUACAAUGCCUUCUGGCAUGUGCUGCGCAUCGUCGCCUACUGCAUGUCCUUUGCCAACAGCUGCGCCAAUCCCGUGGCCCUCUACUUCGUGAGCGGCGCCUUCCGCAAGCAUUUCAAUAGAUACCUGUUCUGCCGCGGAGCGAGUGGACGGCGCAAGAAGCGCGGCCAGCACGACACCUUCUGCAUGCACCGGGACACCUCGCUGACCAGCACCGCCUCGAAGCGCUACCAGUCCCGCCACUCCUGCUACCAGAGCACCAUCCGCAGCUGUCGCCUGCAGGAGACAACGAUAACCACGCUGCCAAAUGGCGGGAAUCAGAACGGAGCCCCCAUUUCCGCCGUCGAUUUGGGCCAUAACCCGGGUCACAAUGAAGCACCACCGGGCUAUGGCUUUCUGCCGCUUAACGAACUUGGCCAGCAGAAGCGUACGCAACCACCAAAAUUCCAGGAGUCCCUUUUGAACUGAGUUCCCGGAAGAUGUUAUGGUAACAAACAAUGGAUUUAAACGGAGUUUACAGGAAUUCAGGCAGCCAGUUGCCAUGGUAUCCUCAGCUCUCUAUCGAAAUCAAAAGUAAAAGUAGUUAAAAGCUUUGUAUUAUUUAAAUUUAAACAUUAAAUUUUAAAAAAUAUUGAAAGAAAACCUUUACACCUAUGAGAUUAGUUAUAUGUAUAAUUUAAAGCUACUUUAACACAAGUUUUUAAUUGAAGUUAUAUUAUUACUCCAAUUUUUUUAUAAGCCCUGUAAACUGCAACCUUUAAUAGACUUAAUCCUCAAAGUUUCCUUAAGUUACUUAGCAUAGUAUUUCAAAAUUAUCCCAUAAAUGAAGAAAUCCUCUAUCUUUUGGUUUUCAACCCUUUUUCUAGAAUCUAUCUUUUAUGGUUCUAACAGCAGUUUAAAUUGUUUUUUGUGUAGAAGUUUGGCAUCGACACAAAGUUAUAAACUUAAUAUAACUUUCGUAUAAUGUAAAUAUAAACAUACCAAAGAAUUUUGAUGUCUUUUAUCUGUGUCAAAGUCAUAGAACCUAAGCUUAUAAACUAAAGUAUUGCAGCCGUGGCACGGCUUUAAGCUAAACACAUUUAACGUAUAAAUUAUCUAAUUCCUACACUAAGGAGAAAGCUAAAACAUAUUAUGUGCUUUUAAAUAGACCUCGUUUUAUAGCUAAUCACAGAAACUUUGUAAAUACAUUUUUAUGUGCCGGCAUAUAGUUGAAAAUAAAUGUAAAU